CGUGGGGUGAGGUGGAGCGGUGCUUUGAGCUUUCUUUCCGUGGAGGGCAAUUGGUCCCUUUCCCGUCACUGAUCCGAUUCUCUUUCUCGCACAGUUAUCCUCAAAAUCUUCUCGACUCUCUCUCUCUCUCUCUAUAACUCUCGCUCGUAAUUAGGGUUCCCCUUUCCCACAUGGCCAGAAGCUCAUUCAAGAUGGAGCAUCCUCUCGAGAGGAGGCAGGCUGAAGCUGCACGCAUCAGAGAGAAAUAUCCUGAUAGAAUUCCUGUGAUUGUGGAAAGGGCUGAGAAGACUGAUGUGCCUGAGAUUGAUAAGAAAAAGUAUCUGGUGCCUGCUGAUCUAACCGUUGGCCAGUUUGUCUACGUUGUACGGAAGAGGAUUAAGCUGAGUCCGGAGAAGGCCAUUUUCGUCUUUGUGAAGACCAUUCUGCCUCCAACUGCUGCUAUGAUGUCUGCAAUUUAUGAGGAGAACAAAGACGAGGAUGGAUUUCUUUACAUGACUUACAGCGGCGAGAACACCUUUGGCUCUCUAUGAAGUUCAGGCUGGUAGGGUGUUUCGCUGAGAACAUCUCCAUGGAAUAAACGUGUAUUGGGAGGAAAACUUGUACAUUCUUUGCAGUCCCUUGGUCUUUUGGUGUUCUCACCUUUUUUUCUUUGAUGUUCCUCUUAACUCUUGCUUGAGACAAUCUUAUGAAUUCAAAACUGUCAAUGUCAUAUCUUUCUUCUGAUCUCGUU